AUGGUCUCCACAAAUCAUUACCCAGACACAAGGCCAGACACGGGGCCAGACACGGGGCCAGACACGGGGCCAGACACGAGGCCAGACACGAGGCCAGACACGGGGCCAGACACGGGGCCAGACACGGGGCCAGACACGAGGCCAAGACACGGGCCAGACACGGGGCCAGACACAAGGCCAGACACAAGGCCAGACACAAGGCCAGACACAAGGCCAGACACGGGACCAGACACGGGGCCAGACACGGGGCCAGACACGAGGCCAGACACGGGGCCAGACACGGGGCCAGACACGAGGCCAGACACGGGGCCAGACACGGGGCCAGACACGGGGCCAGACACGGGGCCAGACACGAGGCCAGACACGGGGCCAGACACGGGGCCAGACACGGGGCCAGACACGAGGCCAAGACACGGGCCAGACACGGGGCCAGACACAAGGCCAGACACAAGGCCAGACACAAGGCCAGACACGGGGCCAGACACGGGACCAGACACGGGGCCAGACACGAGGCCAGACACGGGGCCAGACACGGGGCCAGACACGAGGCCAGACACGGGGCCAGACACGGGGCCAGACACGGGGCCAGACACGGGGCCAGACACGAGGCCAGACACGGGGCCAGACACGGGGCCAGACACGGGGCCAGACACAGAGCCAGACACGAGGCCAGACACGGGGCCAGACACGGGGCCAGACACGGGGCCAGACACGAGGCCAAGACACGGGCCAGACACGGGGCCAGACACGGGGCCAGACACAAGGCCAGACACGGAGCCAGACACGAGGCCAGACACGGGGCCAGACACGGGGCCAGACACGGGGCCAGACACGAGGCCAAGACACGGGCCAGACACGGGGCCAGACACAGAGCCAGACACGGAGCCAGACACGAGGCCAGACACGGGGCCAGACACGGGGCCAGACACGAGGCCAAGACACGGGCCAGACACGGGGCCAGACACGGGGCCAGACACGGGGCCAGACACGGGGCCAGACACAAGGCCAGACACGGGGCCAGACACGGGCCAGACACAAGGCCAAGACACGGGCCAGACACGGGGCCAGACACGAGGCCAGAUACGGGGCCAGACACGAGGCCAGACACAAGGCCAGACACAAGGCCAGACACGGGGCCAGACACGAGGCCAGACACGAGGCCAGACACGGGGCCAGACACGGGGCAACACACAGGACUAG